CGCCGCGGACUGCGCGUACAGCCUUAAGGUGACCAGGAGGUUAUUCCGCCUCAGGUAUGCUGCAGGACUCCGUGGAAAAGGCAAACAUCGAACCGACUCGCCUCUAGGAAACGACUGUGGUUUUUUGCACAAGGGUUUUUUUCUGCAUCCGUGCUGCAUCGGGGGCAGAGAGAAGAGAUCCAGGCCACACGGAGGUCCAUGAAAGACGCGCUGGAGAGGACGCCGUCUCAGCAUCGCGGGAGGCCACGGUUGUGCGCGGCUGCAGCGAUGGAUGCGGGGAGGCUGGAGCAGCAGGUGGCCAGUGUGGAGCGAGGCAUCGCCUUCCUGAAGCACGAGCACCUGGCCAUGCUGACAGGUCUGCAGCUGGAGAUCACACACCUGAAGAGGCGCUGCCAGGAGCUGAGUUGUGAGCUGGACUCCAGGUUUCCUGACAGAAACACAGCAGGGGAAGAAGCCGAGCUGGCAGCACGCUGUGAGGCCGCCGAGCGCCUGCUGGAGCACCAGCAAUGCAUGAUGGUCGCUGCGCGUGGCGAUCUGCGGGCCGGCCGGGCGCGAGCGUCGGCGCUGGGUCGGAGUCUCAGGGAAGAGGAGCGACGUUUCCUGGAGGAGCUGAAGCGUCGCAGUCACAAGAUCACGCUCCUGAACAGAGAGCUUCAGCGGCAGAACGUCACCACCAUGACUCUCUACCACGAGCUACACACGGCACGCUUAAAACUGUUCCAGCAGCGCCAGGGGGCCGGCUCCGCCGCUGACGCGGAGCAGCAGGCCGGAGGAGAGGCGGGAGAUGAGGAGGAGGAGGAGGAGGAGGAGGAGGAGGCCUCGGACUGGCUCCUGUCUCCACCCGCCCCUGCCUCCCCUGGCCAGCCUCAGGUAAAACACAGGAGGUACGUGAGCGUGAGGGAGGAGCGGGUCCGAGCCUGCGUCCCGCGGGAGAGAGUGACAUCACCGCAGAGGCCACACCCCAUGCCUGACCCCGCCCUCUUCCUGGUGCCGCUGAGGUACCGGCUUCUCCGCCUCAGCAAACCCACCAGACCCCAGGAUGGAGAGGGGGUGGAGGACGAGUGGGAGGACAUAGAGGACAUCGGGGUGCACAGGAGGGUGGACAUGGGAGCCGGGGAAGGAGAAACGGCCCUGUGAUGGUGCAGGUGUGAGGUCGUCGUGCACAGUACUCGAGUUGUAAAAAAAAAUCAGGGGGGAUGGUGGAUUUUAUCAUAUGGGGACAGAUAAUUUGUGCUGAUUACAAAUAAUAUAAUAUAUUACAAAUAAUAGCACU